CAAAAGCACACAAAGCAAAAACAAUCCCAAGAAACAAAAACACCGAAAGCAAUAUCUUCUUCUCCUCCUUCGUUUCCUCCUUUCUUUCUUGAAUUUGAAGGAAUCGGAAUCGGAAUCGAUAUUCAAAUUCAAGAACACUCUUGGUCGUCGUCGUGAAAUGGUUGCCGGAGUGGACUCGUCGGACCCUGCUACAGUGACAGGAAUUGCGAUGGAUUUUCCGGUGUCGGAUGAGGCGGCGUUUGUUUCGCCUCCGAGGGUUCCACCGAGGCUCCGGAGGAGGCUCGUGGAGAGCAGGAGUCCGUCCACUGCUGAGGAAAUCGAAGCCAAGCUUCGGGACGCCGAUCGUCGGAGACAGCAAUUCUACGAGAGGCUGUCAAGCAAGGCACGGCCAAAGAUGAGAAGCCCGUCACGGUCUUCCUCCAAUGAGGAAGACCUUGGUCAGCGUCUUGAAGCAAAGCUCCAAGCAGCUGAGCAGAAAAGGUUGAGCAUUUUGGCAAAGGCUCAGAUGCGGCUGGCUAGGUUGGAUGAGCUUCGGCAAGCUGCUAAAAUAGAGGUACAAAUGCGUUUUGAAAAGGAGCGCAAGAAUCUUGGUACAAAAGUGGAAUCACGGGUUCAGCAGGCAGAAGAAAAUAGAAUGCUCAUCCAAAAGGCUUAUAGGCAGAGGAGGGCCACGUUAAAGGAGAGAACAUCUCAGUCCUUAUUGAGGAGGAUGGCUCGGGAGAGCAAGUAUAAGGAGCGUGUGCGUGCUGCAAUUCACCAGAAGCGUGUUGCUGCUGAGAAGAAGCGCUUAGGAUUGCUGGAAGCAGAGAAGAAGAGAGCACGUGCUCGGGUAUUGCAAGUGCGGCGGGUAGCUAAGUCUGUUUCUCAUCAACGAGAAAUUGAGAGGAGGAGAAUAAAAGAUCAGUUGGAAGAUCGACUACAAAGGGCAAAGAGGCAGAGAGCAGAAUAUCUGAGGCAGAGAGGAAGACUACAUGGUUCUGCGCGUGUGAAUUUGAAGAAGAUGCACAGGCAGGCAGAUCUCCUUUCAAGGAAACUAGCGAGGUGCUGGAGACGGUUCCUCAAGCUGAAGGGAACUACGUUAACCUUGGCAAAAGCUUUUGAUGCCUUGAAAAUUAAUGGGGAAUGUGUUAAGUCAAUGCCAUUUGAGCAGCUUGCUCUUCUGAUUGAAUCAACUGCUACCCUUGAGACUGUAAAAGCUCUACUAGACCGGUUUGAGAGUCGCUUUAAGCUUUCACAGGCUAUUGCUGCUACCACUAGUCCAUCCAGCUGGAAUAACAUCGAUCACCUUCUAAAGAGAGUCGCUUCCCCAAAUAGAAGGGGUACACCUAGGACUUCUAGUAGGAGCAGAGGCACAAAGAAACAGGGGUCCAUCAGACAAGCAGCCAAAAUUCCAGCCAAAUUAUCAAGGUAUCAAGUGAGAGUGGUGCUCUGUGCUUACAUGAUAUUGGGUCAUCCAGAUGCUGUUUUCAGUGGUCAAGGAGAGUGUGAGAUUGCACUGGCCCAGUCAGCUAAAAGUUUUGUACGAGAGUUUGAAUUACUGAUAAAGAUUAUUUUAGAUGGGCCCAUGCAGAGUUCUGAUGAAGAGUCUGACCCCACAUUGCCAAGACGUUGGGCCUUCAGGUCUCAGCUUGUGGCAUUUGAUAAAGCCUGGUGCGCCUACUUGAAUUGCUUUGUGGUGUGGAAAGUUAAGGAUGCUCGGUCAUUGGAGGAGGAUUUGGUGAGAGCAGCUUGCCAGCUUGAGCUCUCUAUGAUUCAAACUUGCAAGAUGACUCCAAAAGGAGAUAAUGGUGCUCUUACUCAUGACAUGAAGGCAAUUCAGAAGCAGGUUACAGAAGAUCAGAAACUUCUGAGGGAAAAAGUGCAACAUCUGAGUGGAGAUGCUGGGAUUGAGCGUAUGGAAUGUGCUCUUUCCGAGACACGAAGUAAAUACUUUCAAGCAAUGGAGAAAGGAAUCUCGAUAGGGUCGCCAAUUGUGCAAUUUUUAUCUCCAACCCUGCCUAGUUCCUCAGAUGCACCUUCUGUUGCUAGUCCAGAGAAAAGAAGUAACCUGAUUGAGGGCAGUGAGAAGUCAAGCCAUGUAGUUCGCUCCUUAUUUGGAGAAGAUGCUUCUUCCCAGCCCGGAAUAGCUGGCCUCUCUUCUCCUAGAAGCAGUUUAGACGGUCAGUUGGAUUCUUCUGCCAAAAAAUUGGUAGCAGAAAAUGAAUUGAUUGUAAAUGAACUUGUUCAUGAGCAGCACUAUGCUUUUGCUGAUAGCUUGAGUGUUGCUGACAAAGAGCAAAGGAAUAUGAAGACAAAGAUUAGAGAGACAAUGGAGAAGGCUUUCUGGGAUGGCAUUAUGGAAUCUAUGAAAGAGGAUGAGCCCAACUAUGAUCGGGUUGUUGAACUCAUGCGGGAAGUGAGGGAUGAAAUCUGCAAUGUAGCUCCUCAGAGCUGGAAACCAGAGAUUGUUGAAGCUAUUGAUCUAGAUAUUCUUUCUCAGGUGCUGAAGUCAGGAAACCUGGACAUAGAUUAUCUUGGAAAGAUUUUGGAGUAUGCGCUGGUCACUUUGCAGAAGCUCUCUGCUCCAGCUAAUGAAGGUGAAAUGAAGGUGAUUCAUGAGGGAUUAUUGAAGGAACUGGCUGAGAUAUGUGAAACAGAAGAUAAAUUGAAGAAUUCACAUGUUAUUGCAAUGAUCAAGGGUCUGCGCUUUGUUCUGGAGCAGGUUCAGGCACUUAAGCAGGAGAUAAGCAAAGCACGUAUAAGAAUGAUGGAGCCUUUGCUAAAGGGGCCUGCAGGUUUUGAUUACCUUAAAAAUGCUUUUGCCAACCAUUAUGGUUCUCCAUCUGAUGCAUUCACCUCUCUACCACUGACGGCUCAGUGGAUUUCAUCCAUAUGGCAUGGCAAAGAUCAAGAGUGGAAUGAUCACAAAAAUUCUCUCUCAGCCUUGACAAAUGGUGAAAGUUCAUAUCAGGGGCGUCUUCCUUCCACCACUCUUAGAACUGGUGGCAGCAUUAUGGUCAAAACUAAUGGAAGCCAAGUGACUUCGGUUCCUUCAGCUGCAACUAGUACAGGUAAUCAACAACCUGAAUGCAAUGGAGAAAGGGUUGAUUUGUUGGUGAGGCUUGGGUUGUUGAAGCUAGUAAGCGGGAUAUCUGGUAUAACACAGGAAUCUUUACCUGAAACACUUAAGCUUAACCUCAAUAGGCUGAGAGCUGUUCAAGCCCAGAUUCAGAAGAUCAUUGUGAUUUCCACCAGCAUUCUUGUUUGUCGACAAAUCCUCAUGAGUGAGGUAGCACUAGCCAACCCUGUGGAGAUGGAAAACAUGGUAGUUAGGUGUGGAGAAGAAGUCUCAGAGCUCUUGGACCGUUCUGAGGAGGCAGGAAUUGAAGAAAUUGUUGAAAUCAUGAGUGGAUUUUCAAGAGAUGGUGAGGAAGCCUCCAACAUCAACAAGCUUCAAGCGAGGAAAGCAGUUAUGAGUAGGAUGUUGGUGAAGAGCCUGCAAGCUGGGGAUGCCGUGUUUGAGAGAAUAUCCCAUGCUGUUUAUUUGGCUGCAAGAGGAGUAGUGCUUGCAGGGAAUGGCCCUCAAGGAAGAAAAUUAGCAGAAAUGGCACUCCGGCGGGUGGGAGCUGUUGAUCUGACUGAUAGAGUGGUGGAAGCUGCUGAAAUAUUGCUGGCAGCAGCCACGGUGUCGGUUAAUGUUCAUGGGCAAUGGUAUACAUAUCUGACUGAUAACAUGUGAUUGGUUUGACAUGAAGAAGAAUGAAGUUAAUUACAAGGUGGAAAGAAGAAAAUAAUGCACACACCUGUACAUAGUAGUGGGUGUACAUUUAUGUUUUAAGUAUGAACACAGGAUGGAGGGUUGUUAAUAUGAAGAAAUAUUUCAUGAAUAGGAGAGGGAUGUUGUAAAUAAUAUUUAUAACUGAAUUGAAUGUUUCUUUUCUAUUCUGAUUCAGCUCCCUUUAUUUUCUGUCCAGACUCCAGAGAAAUAAAGUCUGUCUGUCUGUCUGCAUGUCUGUUAAUAACAUUUGGGAUAUAAAUAAUUGCUUUGAUGUUUCAUA